GGGAAGUAAACAGCAGCUGAGGAGGAGGGAGGGAAACGCCGGGUGGACGCAGGUGGGUGGCCCUCCAGUCCACCCAGUUUGGGGAAUGCCCCUGCCUCCUUUCCCUCCCCCUUCACCUGGCUUUUAAGGGGCCCCGGCCUGGCCCGCUGCUGCUUAAAGCAGAUGAGCAGCGGCCUGCAACAUCUGCCCUAGACUCUUGGAAGGAGUGCAGGACCGAGCAAAAACUCUGACCAUGGCCGGGGACAGGCUGCCGGCGCAGCCGCCGCCGAUGCUGCUAAUUCUGUUGCUCGCUGCGGGCACAGGGUCCGCCUUAUUGGGGUGCCCCGGUUGCGAGCCUGGGGGCCGGAAUGUCUGUAGAGGGGGCUGCGUGGAGGAGGAAGAUACAGGGUCCCCUGCAGACGGCUGUGCAGAAGCCGGAGGUUGUCUGAGGAGAGAGGGGCAGCUGUGCGGGGUCUACAGCCCCAAGUGCGCCCCAGGACUGCAGUGCCAACCGCGAGAGAACGAAGAGGCGCCUUUGCGGGCGCUGCUGGUUGGCCAGGGCCGCUGUCAACGGGCCAGGGUGCCGUCGGAGGAGACUGCAAAGGCGAGUAAACCCCGUGGAGGUGCCUCCCGCCCACGCGACACAAGCCUCAGAGACCGGCAGAAGAAUCCGGGGACCUCUACCACGCCUGUACAGCCCAACCCAGGGGGUGCGGAAGACACUGAGAUGGGCCCCUGCCGCAGACACUUGGAUUCAGUACUGCAGCAGCUCCAGGCUGAGGUCUUCCGAGGAGGCGGGGCACACGGGCUCUAUGUGCCUAACUGUGACCUCAGAGGCUUCUACAGAAAGCAGCAGUGUCGUUCCUCACAGGGGAGUCGCCGCGGUCCCUGCUGGUGUGUGGAUCCGAUGGGCCAGCCUUUGCCAGCGUCUCCGGAUGGCCGUGGAAGCUCUCACUGCUCUGCCAGAAGCAGAGGCUAAAAGCAGGGUGGGAGCCUGCAGGACAGGACCCUGGCUGGAGCGGUGUGUGGAGCAA